AUGGAUAUCACGCCCAGGCUGAGAAAAUUUCGGAUUAGUUCCGCACCCAAGAGACAAUCCCAACAGCGAGGCUUGUCUCGAAAGUCUCAUACCAAGUCCCGUGGAGGCUGCCAAGCGUGCAAGAGCAGUAGAGUCAAAUGCGAUGAGAUUCGCCCCAGCUGCCGCAGAUGCUGCCAGCGCCGGACGCUGUGUGUGUAUGGUGACCCUCAUGCUGCCUACAGUCAGGCUAGCUCGGAAGAUCACGAGCCUGUCUGGCCAGGUCAUGUCAACAACUGCUUGAAUCCCAACGGAUCCUGGCUUCCUGGUGGAAUAUCGCCAACACCCAAAUCAAUAUAUCUUCUACGGCAUAUUGACGGCUGCCUUGAUGCAACAUUGACGUCUGAAGUUGGAAAGGAGAUAUUCAAUCAGUUUCUGCUGCCCAACUGCGCAUCCACCCCGAUGCUUCAUAAUGCUCUCCUAGCACUUUCGGCUCGACAUCUGCAGCAUCUACAGCCUGCAAGCACCGAGUACCAGAAGGCGUGCUGGUUUCAUACACAGACAGCAACACGCUUGCUUAGGGAAGAGCUCGCGCAGCACCCGACAGCGUUAAGUAAGCUAGACACUGUCUAUGCCACCGCGCUUCUCCUAAACAUGAUCUCCUUUGCUUCGCAAGAGAGAUCACCAUACAGAUCCUGGGUAUUUCAGCCCACUGCAGCGGCUAGGGUCAACAACCUCAGCUGGCUAUCUGUACAAUGUGGACUAGGCUACUUAGCAAGAAUAAUGCAACAGAACCCGCAGCAGGGCUUCUGGCGUCUGAAAAAUGAAAGACAGAAGCGGCUUGCGUUGGAAGCCCCGCCCGCUACUCCGCAGGAUCUGCCUUUGUCUCAGACUCUGCGAUGUGCGCUGGAAGAUCUAUGUGAUGUCACUACCAGUAGCCUUCCGGACAAUAACCCCUAUUAUAUGCCCUUGAGCGUCAUCGCUCCUAUGCUGCAGCAACAUGAAUCAAAUGCCCACGGCACUAGCUCAUUGCUGUCAUUUGGGCCUAAGAUAUCUGCAGCAUACCGGAAUCUUCUGCUUGAGCGAGAUGAACGGGCGCUGCUGCUCCUGAUGUUGUGGUUAGAGCUUCUCUGCCAAGCAGAUGUCUGGUGGAUCACUGACCGCGCCUAUCAAGAAUUUCUGGCUCUCCGACGCGUGUUGAGCUGCAGUGCCGACCCUCGAGUACAAACCAUACUCUCCCUUUGCGAACCUAGCCAUGACAGAGUUUCGGUUAUGCCUUUCACUUGA